AUUUGUAGAAGGAGACGACGCGACCAAUGAGUGAUCGUUCAACGAUGAAGUUGUGAGCCAUUAAGAUCACUAAUUAGUCACCACAAUUUAUUUAAAAGAACGAAACAGUUUCUUUUCUAUUGAAUAACCUAUCAAUAAUCAAUUAAGAUGUAUAUAGCGACGGUUUUGACGGGUAUUGCUGUCGUGAUCGUACUUGUAGCAUAUUGGUUGAGGGGCCGAAAAGACCCUUCUAAGCCAAGAAUUUGUGUCCUAGUGCUCGGAGAUAUCGGCAGAAGUCCUCGUAUGCAGUAUCAUGCUCUUUCUUGUGCAAAAGCAGGCUUUCGGGUGGAUAUGGUCGGAUUUGGAGGUAUGAAAUGAUACUGGCUUCAUGAAAAGUAUGCUUGGGGUGGGGUGGGGGGGUUUGGUAUUCAGACAGUGUUGGGGUGCGCUAAUAUUUAAUUGCUCGAGGGGUGUUUUAGGCCUGUUGGAAGGUGAAAAGUAUUGGUUCGUAUAUUUUUCUGAUGUAUUUUACAAUGGGUGAUGGUGAGCAUUGUUGUUUUCUUUUAAGACUCUUACGAACUGCAUCAUGCAUAGUUUAAUAUCCUCUCUGUGAACCUUUAAAAAGGGAUUUAAGAAAUUCUUGAUCAAUUUUUCUGAGAGUAAUGGAAACUGCAAGGUACAUCUUUAGAUGGCACAUUGGUUUUUACACAAACAUUUCUGUACAUCUAUUCAGUCAGGAUCUUAUGGUGGGAUUAAUUUACUUAUGGGUUAGAUUCUUGAGUCUUGGAAUCCACCUUUCACUACUCCUAAGACUGUAGAAUCUCCAAUAUUUUUACUUCAUAAGGGAAUGGAAAUGGGUUUUAAUUGAUUAUUAAAGAGUUUUAGGGAAGCCAUUGUUAGUUUCAAUUAUCUAGAGUUUUAGUAAACUUAGUUUUUGUGUUUUCAGUAUUAUAUUAUUUUCUUCUCAGUUCACCAGUGUAAGAGUGCUAGACAUUGUGGCAUGCAUACUUUUAAAAAUUUCUUAGCUUCUAGAGAGGUUUUAUAAUCGUGUUCUUUGCCUCUAUACUAUUCAGGGUCUAAUCCAAUAAAAGAACUCGCAGAGAGUGAAAAAGUCGUAAUCAAGACAUUGCCAGAAUUUCCUGAAUCUCUGAGAGGUAUGGAGUUGCCCAAUGCUAUCCUAAAAAUAUUUAAGAAUGGUCUACAACAAGGGAAGCUAUAGGACUAGGGGAAUUAGACUCUGAGCCUUUACUCCACAACAGACAAAAUACAUAAUGCACCCCAAUGCACUUUGCAGCAGUUCAUCAUAUUCCAUGUCCUCACUUACUUAGCUUGAAAUCUGACAUGAGAAUCCCUUCUCUACCCUGUCCCCCUUGGAAUUGUCAGCCUGGUAUUCUAAUAGUCUUGAAUGGUUAAUGGGAGUGAGGAAAUACCGCUGUAUGAGAGUGACAUGAUUACAGAGUAUAAAUUAUACUAAUUGUACUCUAUUACUUUUUCUUAUUAAUGAUGCACAUGUUAAAUAACUUUUAACACCAUUUCAUUCUGGAUAAUUUAUAGGUUUGCCCAAGUUGCUGUUUUAUGCCUUGAAAGCAAUCAUUCAGUUUUUCCAACUCUUUGUAACACUUCUAAGCUGUGGCUCACGAUGUACCCAUUUGUUAGUUCAGGUAACUGAAUAACCUUCUAAAAUAGUUCCAAUAAUUGUGUUAAUUUGUUGAUUAAUAACCGUCUUCCAUCAUUAUUGUGACAGAAUAAUAAUAAUACUGUUCUGUUUAAUGUAUAGAAUCCUCCAGCCAUCCCCUCCCUGGCAGCAGCAUGGUUUGUGAGUCUCCUUUGUGGAAGUAAAUUUGUCAUUGAUUGGCACAACUAUGGGUUUACAAUCUUGGCUCUGGGAGUGAAGAAUACUGCAUACCCUCUUGUAAAGGUAGCUAAAUGGUAGGUUGUUCUGUGCAAGGCUGUGGGAUUAGGAAAGGGAACCCAGAUAAAACUUGGGGCAAAGGACUAGAGAGAAAUGAGCUCAGGAAAAAUUGGAUUACAAUAUUAUCAAUUUAAAUAACAAUGAUAAUUAAGUUGUGUAGCAAUGUAGUUGAAAUGAAAUCAUUUGUUCAACUAAGACCCAGUUGAUAGAAGGGGGCAGUAUGGAAACAAAACAGAUAGCAGAAAAGUUAUGGUACACUACGCUGUUUACAGCUUGUCAAGUGCAAGGUAAAUUGUGCUAACUUAAAAGGUAAAAAUUAUUUUUAAGACCAAAAUACAACAGAAUGAUUUCACAGAUUGAUGGCUAAUAACUUUUACACCUAAUUGACAAGAUGAUGAGGAAUUGAUGAAAAUGUUCCUCCCCCCCCCCCUUGACUUUCCACCCAACCCGAGGAGUAUGUGGAAUGAUCAUUAGGAAAGGGGAGGGGACAGAAUUUGUAUAUGUUGGUAUCAUAGCUAACAUAAGGAUAUGAACUGUUCAAAUGGUAUAAAAGUUUUGUAAAUUUUUCAUAGAAUACAAUGUCUCUACCCUCAAAGGGACUAUUUAUGAUUUCAUUGUUUCAAUGUAUUGUCUUCCUUUUCAACUGUAUGCAGGUAUGAGUUCUUUUUUGGAGGUAUGUCAUCAAUUAACCUGUGUGUCACUCAGGCAAUGCAAAGAGACUUGUGGGAAAAAUAUGAAAUAAGGUCUGUAAUUGUUACGUGAUCAAAUAAGUGAAUUUUACCACAAAUUAAAUGAAUAAAAUUAAUAAGUAAUGAAAAACUGGUAAAUAUCUAGUUUGAAACAAUCCAAAGCUGCAUCUAACAAUAUGCAUGUGAAGCCAAUAUAAAUAUACAUAUUUAAACAUAUAUAAAUAUUUAUGUGUAUGUAUGUAUUUAAAUAAAUUUAUAUACAUGUAGAAAAUAGCCCAAAACUUUUUUUCUUUUUCUGUAGGGCACACACUUUGUAUGAUCGGCCUCCAUUGCGGUUUCAUGAAAUGGAUCUCUCUACACAACAUCAAGUGGGUAAUUCGAACAAGUUUUUAAUAAACUAAAUAAUGCAAAUUAAAUAAUUUGGUAAAACCCUGGCUGUCAACAAGACAAAGUAGGCAUGGGUUUGUCAAUGCCUAACUGGUUAACCCUUUAAACCCAAAUAGUAACUAGCAUUGAAUUUCUUCUCACAAUAUCACCCCUGAAUCACACAUUAGGGUCAUGAGAAUAAAGGAGAUGAUCACCAACUAAAGACGCUUUUGAUCAGUAAACAAAUUCUCUUUGUCAGCACCUUAGGAAAUGUAUAAAGAACAGUAUUGAGAAUAUGCAUAAUGACAUUAGGGUUUAAAGGCUUAAAAUAAACAAGGCAGUUGUACAUAAGCCUCAGACAUAGUUUACAUUACUUUACCUAACAAGAAGUAAUGUACGAUUAGCCAAUCAAUCACAUCAGUCAUAUAUCAAACUUUCCUCAUGCUAUCCCUUUGGAUUAGACUGGAUAUUGUGUGUCUGGAUUGCUUAUGUUGAUAUCUAAAUACAUUACCUUCCAGCUUUUUCUAAAGCUUUCCAAGGAAUAUGAAGUUUUCAGUGCACCAGAAAGGUAUAGUCAUUUUUUUGUUCUUAUUUCUGUUUUCACAUGUAAGUUUUGUUUUUUUAAUCAAUUAACGUGAAUGCAUGCUCUUCUUGGAAGUCCUUCAGAAUUCAAGAAUGAUGUAACUUCUAUGACAGCAUUCACCAUUCAGUUAAAAGAUGGAAGAAUUCUUUUCAGACAACAGAGGCCUGCUCUCCUAGUCAGCAGCACAAGUUGGACAGGUAAUCAUUAAAAUCCUUAUUGACUAAGAAAAAACAUUCUUUAAAUUGUUUGCUGAGAAGCAAUGCUUAUGACAGUAACUUUCAAGUACAGGAUGUGCUUGUUUGUUGUAAUACAGAGAGCCAUUGGCUCACUGGCUAAAGUACUAAAUGAACAUAUAGUUGAUUUUAGAAUUUUGGGAUUGUUUGUUAGUUGUACCUCAAAAUAUAACUGAUGCAUACUGUUGUCUUCAUUAGUCACAAUGUUGUGUUGUAACUCACAACACUUUUUUUUUAAAUAUUUAUAGAAGAUGAAGACUUCUCAAUUCUACUGGAUUCUCUUGAAGGUAAGAACCACCAGGAACUUUAAAACCUCUUGAUCUGUUUUACUGAGGAAAAUAAAUGUACAUGUAUUUAACAAAUUAGAUAUUUUCUUUAAAUGAUCUUGGGGUAAACAGCAUUACUGAAUAGAGCAUAACAUCACGGGAAGUUAGCAGAAAGGAUGUUGUGCUUUAGAAGACGAAGGAACUAAGGAUUUCCACCACCAUUCUGUCUCCUUUCUAGUCUUUCCUGUGAAAUCAUAUUCAUACCUUUCCCUUCCUUCUACCCAUUUACUAUUUUGGGAUCCCUCUUCCCAUUAUCAAGUACAUGUUUCUUAAUUGGAACUAAGUAGAACUGAGUGGAGGCCUGUAAAGCUUAUUUCACAAGUUUGGAAGAUAUACAUCAAUAGGAAUUUUCUGAAAAAUUAUAAUCACUGAUUAAUUUCAAAUUAUUUGUCUAUCAAAUAGAGUAUGAGAAGGUUAUAAGUGAGGACCAAGCAUCCCUUCCUUCUAUAGUUUGUGCCAUAACUGGUGAGUGCUGGGUAAAUAAAGUUCCAAUCAGAUUACCAGUUAAAUCAAUCCAGCAGUACGAAAGACUAAUUGCACCUCUGUGUUUGCUUUGUUCUCUUUAACAGGCAAGGGACCUUUAAAGGAAUAUUAUCAAACAAUAAUUAGUAAAAAGAACUUUAAACAUGUAAAAAUAUGCACUCCAUGGCUUGAGCCAGAAGACUACCCACGCCUGUUAGGUGAGUGCUUAAGUUGACCCUGUAACUCACCAUUGUCUUAACGCCCAAGAUCUGGUUGUUAGUUCUCCCCUCUAGUUGUUACACACCUCCUUGUUAAUUAGUUAUGAGGAUUAGAUGUUAGAUCUAGAUAACCUGUUAAGUUUAAGUAUUCUCACUACCUGUUUGUCAGUUAAUGUAAGGAUAUUUUAGAGAGAACUUACAUGUUAAUCACUUCUGGGAGUUAAAGGAUGAAGCACACCCCUGAACUCGUCUCACAGGGGGGUGACUCUUUGUUUGUGCUUUUUAUUUGUUAAAUUCCUGUACAGAUUGCAAAUUAAUAUAUCUAUAUAAAUAUCUCACACAGUUGUAUGCCAGUUUUUCUCUGUUGGAUAAAUUACACUGUUCCUAAAUAUUCAGCACAUUUCAUUCUAACUGACUAACCAACUUUGAAUUUUAUAACUUAUUUGAAGGUUCAGCUGACCUUGGUGUGUGUCUGCACAAGUCAUCAUCAGGUUUAGAUUUGCCAAUGAAGGUUAGCCAGUCAGUUGUUCAAUAUUCCUCUUUAUUUCUUUACAGUCAUACCUAAAAAGUUGAUUAUUAAAUCACUUAUUUGUGUAUUGUCAAUUGCCAGGUUGUGGACAUGUUUGGUUGUGGCUUGCCUGUGUGUGCUAUACAUUUUGAGUGGUAAGCAAUGUACAAAUAUUUACAAUUAUAUAAUAAGCUUAGUUAUGCAUGCAUUCUGAUUGGUUCUCACUUAUGAUCUAUUGCAGGACAGACGUAUAGAUGACGUCAUCAUUAAAACUUUUUUUAAUUCUUUAUUAUAUAAAUCAAAUAGAUUCCAAGUUACUGAACAGACGCAUGGCAACUUGGAAUCUAUUUGUUAGUUGGUUAAUUACCGGGCACCUAUUAAUCAUUUGAUCGUGCAGUACUCAGUUAAUUUAUAAGGCAAUCAAUAUUAACUAGUGUUAUAAUGAAAGACAAAAAAAAAUGUGACUCAUAGGAAUGGCAAGUGUGGUAUAUUUGGGAAAAGAAAUUGGCAUGUACACGUACUAUGUAUUACAACGUGCUGCGUGAAAGUUUUCGUAAACGAUAAAGUGAAGAACAGCUCUCCUCCACUGACUGUCCGUAAACUUUUGCCUGACAGUGUUAUCGACUGAGUAUUAACGGGAUGCCAGGAAAACGUAUAGUUUACCGAAAUUUGCCUGUUGCAAUGAUUACCCUUUGUUAAGUAAGCCUACUCCUCUAACAUUUAAUGAGACCAGCGUAAGAUAACCAGGCAAUUUUCGCCUUCAUUUCAGCUUACACGAGUUGGUCAAACAUGAAGAGAAUGGUCUGAUAUUCCGCGACAGUAUGGAGCUAACUCAACAACUAAAAGUAAGGUUCAAAAUCCGGCCUUGUUUGUUAAAAUCAGAACCUGAGCCUAUUCCUGUUAUAAGGCUCAUUUAUCUUCCAUAAUGUGUUGUUGAUAUUGUUGAUAGGGAAAUACUUAUUUUGAUUUCCCUUUUUUUUUUUUUUCCCAAAAACGAUGAUUGAAAGGAACUAUGUUUUUUUGGAAGGUGAUGGAGAACAUCAUCCAACAUACGCUUGGGGUUACACUCUGAUACCAUGCAUACACUUAUGAAUAAACUUCCACGAGACGCGUCGUCGAGAAAGUCCGUUCUUAAAAUCACAAAAAUAAGAGAAGAGAACUGUCAUCUGAUAGUAUUGUUUUGAAUUUCAGAAACUCUUUCGAGGCUUUCCCCUGAGCAAGCCGUUACUCACUAGUUUCAGAGAGAACUUAGCAAGUUUCCAAAGGACGAGAUGGGAUGCGAGUUGGAAAAAAAUUGUCCUGCCAUUGCUAAAAGAGAAAUGAAACAUGUACAAAUGUUUCCUUAAAUUCAUCUCAAUUAAUAAAAUUCAG